UCCGCCGCUAACGCCGUUGGUGAAAAUUCUGCCGGUCGGCCUAGAACUCUUGGGUGACGCAUGCGUUUGACGGGCGUUUUUUCCGCUGACUGAAUUUCUCGCUUUGCAUUUGCAUAGGAAAAUCUACUACUAGCCGUUCGAAAAACCCAAAAAAAAGAAGCUGUCGAGUGCGUGAAGCCAAAUAGAAGAUACCAGUACACGGAAAGGCAAGCAGUAGCCGUAGCAAAAUUCACGUUGAUCGUUGUUUUUUGCACGCCGUAACGGAGAAUCCGGAGAAAAGCUAAAAAAUCUUUGCCAUUCCUUUAUUUUUUUUCGUCCGUGUGCGUACGCGUGUGUGUGUGGUCGCAUAAAUUUACCGAUAUUUCGCCUGUCCUACCUACCUCUCGCCAUCCGAAUGUGUUAGAGCGAGAGCAACAACGCGCAGAGGGAAAAAACAAAAAAGUAAGGAGAAGAAAACGAAUAAAAAAAAAUAAAAUAAGGCAGCAAAUAGCCCAGCAAUAAGUUCAGUUCAGAAAGAAAAACGAAAAAAAAAAAAAAAAAAGCAAAAACGAAAACGAAAACUGAAUAACGCAAAAAAGCAGAAACCGCCACCGUCACAACACAACACUAACAACAACAUCAGCAGCUAGAACCUAAAAGGACGCACAAAAUAAAAGAAGAAGAAACAGGAGGAGAGAAAAUUUUAAGAAAAACGGACGGAGCGAGCAAAAAGGAGCCACAGUGGAAGCCACAGCCCCCAAAACAAUCGAAACAACAACAACCACAACAACAACAACAACACCAAUGACAGCCGCCACAAUGAGCAAACAAUUUGAACUUCCGCUGACCAUUGAACCAGAGCAUGAGUUGCGAUUCGUGGGUCCCUUCAACCGACCCGUCGUCACAAUCAUGACCCUGCGCAACAUCUCGGCUCUGCCCCUGGUCUUCAAGAUCAAGACAACCGCCCCGAAACGCUACUGUGUACGUCCAAACAUUGGCAAGAUCAUGCCCUACCGAUCGACCCAGGUGGAGAUUUGCCUGCAGCCCUUCAUUUACGAUCAGCAGGAGAAGAACAAGCACAAGUUCAUGGUGCAGAGCGUCCAGGCACCCAUGGAUGCCGAUUUGACCGAUUUGAAUAAAUUGUGGAAGGAACUGGAGCCCGACCAGCUAAUGGACGCCAAGCUGAAGUGCGUGUUCGAGAUGCCCAAUUCGGAGGCGAAUGCGGAGAACAAUAGCGCCGGCGGCGGCGGUGGCGGCAGCGGCGGCGGCAAUGCCAUUGGCAGUGGCAGCGGCGGCAGUGGCAGUGGAGCCGGAAGUGUGGGUGCCAACAUCAGUUCAACCAGUGCCGAUGGGCUCAAGUGUGAGCCGAAACUGUCCAGCGAGGAUAUGCCAUCGAAUUUGGCCGAAAAUGCUGAGUGUGUCGAGUCGAUGUCCGGAGAGUUGAAGGCGCUGCGCGAAUCCUACAGCGAACUGCGAAAAGAGAAUCUACACUUGAAAGAUCAAAUCACACGCUAUCGCAGCUCGGCGGCCGUCAAGCAGGUGAACGAGCCGUACGUUCCAGUCCUGGAGAAGGAGAUUCCGACGUUUUACAUUGCAAUUGCCAUUGCUGCGGCCAUUCUGGGUCUUCUGCUGGGCAAAUACCUGCUCUGAAUGCCAUAAACUAAAAAACAAAAAAAACAGCGACAACUAAAAAAGAUGAAAGCGUUAAAAAAAUAAAUAAAUAUUAAAAAAAAAAACAACACCAGAGCGGCAGCGACAACAACGAACGAGAAGCAGAAGCAGAAACAGAAGCAGAAACAGAAACAGAAUUCAAGAUCAUCAUUUAAAAAGAGACGAAAUACAUACAUAAAGGAUUAAAGGAAUAAUGGAAAAGGAAUAGGACAUAAAAACAACAAAUAUUCGCAGAAGAAAGGGCAAAAUCGUAUAUCCUAAAAACAAAAACAAAAAAAAAAACAACAAAAUAUUUAAAAUCAGCAUCCGUUUUGCUUAUAAUUUUUUACUUCUUUGCCUCUUACUAUUAUUUUUUAUUUUUUUUAUUAUUUUAUUUCACUUAACGAACUCGAAAUUUCUUGGUUAUUGUUCUUUGUUUUUUUUUUAAUGCAUUUCAAACAUAAAUUAACAACAAAAAUAUUUAAAAGAAAGAGAACAAGAAAAAAAGAACCGACAAAGUUAAACAAUUUCAUGUAUUUCGUAGACCACCAAAAAAAAGAAAGCAAACAAUGUUAAAGGAGUGAAUAAAAUUUAGUUUUUUUUUAA